AUGUGCCAUCUUAAACUUAUGAUCAAGUCAUAUAUUCAAGAAGUUGGUUCGAUGGAUGUGGAUAUUGCCACUGUUUUGAAGAAGAAUACAACAGCUGUUCCCAAGGAAGCUCCGAAAGACUUGGAGAAGUUAAAGCCACGGAAGAUAUACAAGGAAGUAUGGUUCGUGGUGUAUCAGUCCAGAGAACAAACGGGAGCAGACGUUCGCAAGUCAUACUUCUAUCUCGAUGACAAACAUCUCUACAACACUGCAUGUCUAGAAUUUAUAUUGGACCUGAUCACCAAGUUUAAGGGAAACCAUCAAGAUGAUCUCAAGUGCUUUUCAGAUAUGCUUUUGUGGUACAUCAACGUUCGCAAGUUGCUGUUGAGCUUUAUUCCAAAAAUUUACGAAGUAUAG